AUGUUGCCAUUUUCCGAUGUCAGCGAGUGGCAGUUGAACUUCAUUGCCUUCCCCCGCCAUGAGGAGGAGUAUCUCCAACUGACCGUGAACUGGCACCCCUGUCUUCUAAUCCUUGGUCAGAACUGUAACGCCAAAUGCCAACUACUCAACAUGCUGUUGGGUGAGAAGCUGCUCCCCACCACCAAAAUUGGCAGCGAGGAGAAUUGUAAGAGGCGGCGAAUCCGCUUCACGCAUGGGACACAAACGCGGAUUAGCCUGGCUCUUCCAGGGCAGUACGAACUAGUUCAUAUGUUGGCAGCCCAUCAAGGGCAGUGGGACACGAUACCAGAGGAGGAUUUGGAAAUCCAUGGGGACAGUGAGGAUCCAGCACACCGAAUAGCAGAGCUGGAGGUGACACUGCCUUACUCGCUGCUAAAGGAAGUGGAUAUUGUGGUGGCCCCGUGCCGGGGGUUCCAGUCUGCUGAGGUCACCUUGGGAGAGUAUGUGAACCAUGUUUUGCCUGUUAUCACCUUUGCCAUCAGUGAGGCUGAACUUUCAGCAUCAGAUGAGAAUGAACUGCGGGAAAUCAAGGAAAAGUUCUCUCUACCUGUUUUCUUUUUCAAAGUGCCAGAGUUGGGCGCUGAACUCAUCUCGCCCAAAAAGGUUGAGAAUGAGAAGUCCUCCCUCUACUGCCAGCUAAUGGACCUUGAAUACCUGAGUAUCAACCACUGCAGCUGUGGAGCACCCACUUCUGAUGCCAAAGCCCAGAGCAUGCUGGUAGAACAAUCUGAGAAGCUGCGUCUCCUGAGUGUCUUCUCCAGGCAGGUGCUGCAAAAACAUCUGGUAGAUGCAGCCACCCUCCUGAACCUGGUGCACAGCCGUUGCCUGGACAUCUUCAUCAAUCAGGCUUUUGAUAUGCAACGAGACCUGCAAAUCACUCCAAAGAGGUUGGAGUACACUCGCAAGAAGGAGAACGAGCUGUUUGAGUCUCUAAUGGGCAUUGCCAACCGCAAGCAGGAGGAGAUGAAGGAUAUGAUCAUAGAAACUCUAAACAACAUGAAAGAAGAGCUCCUUGAAGAUGCUGCUAAUAUGGAGUUCAAAGACAUUAUAAUUCCUGAGAAUGGAGAGCCUGUUAGUUCCAAGGACAUUAAAUGCUGUAUUAAGCAAAUCCAGGAAUUGAUCAUUUCCCGGCUAAACCAAGCGGUUGCCAACAAACUGAUAAGCUCUGUAGACUACUUGCGUGAAAGCUUUGUAGGGACUCUGGAGAGAUGUCUGAGGAGCCUGGAGAAGUCUCAGGAUGUUUCGGUUCACAUCACAAGCAAUUAUCUCAAACAGAUACUAAACGCAGCCUAUCAUGUUGAAGUCACUUUUCAUUCUGGCUCAACAGUUACCAGGAUGCUGUGGGAACAGAUCAAACAGAUUAUUCAGCGGAUUACAUGGGUGAGCCCACCUGCUAUCACCACAGAGUGGAAGAGGAAAAUAGCUCAAGAUGCUAUUGAGAGUCUCAGUGCUUCCAAGCUGGCCAAGAGUAUCUGCAGCCAAUUUCGAACCAGGCUAAACAGCUCUCAUGAAGCUUUUGCAGCCUCUUUGCGCCAGCUAGAGGCUGGCCACUCGGGCAGACUGGAGAAAACAGAAGACCUUUGGUUGAAGGUGCGGAAGGACCAUGCCCCAAGACUAGCACGCCUCUCGCUCGAGAGCAGGUCCCUGCAGGAUGUGUUGUUACAUGGCAAACCAAAGCUAGGCCGUGAGCUGGGCCGAGGGCAGUAUGGAGUGGUGUAUUUGUGUGAUACCUGGGGGGGGCAUUUCCCCUGUGCACUCAAAUCGGUGGUCCCUCCAGAUGAGAAGCACUGGAAUGAUCUUGCACUUGAGUUUCACUAUAUGAGGUCUCUACCAAAGCAUGAGCGGCUGGUAGACCUCCAUGGAUCUGUGAUAGAUUAUGGCUAUGGGGGAGGCUCCAGCAUUGCUGUCCUCCUGAUAAUGGAGCGGUUGCACAGAGACCUCUAUACAGGACUAAAGGCUGGCUUAGAGUUAGAGCCACGACUGCAGAUUGCCCUGGAUGUAGUCGAAGGGAUCCGGUUUCUUCAUAGGCAGGGGCUUGUUCAUCGGGACAUCAAACUGAAAAACGUAUUGCUUGACAAAAAGAACCGAGCCAAAAUCACAGACCUAGGAUUCUGCAAGCCUGAAGCCAUGAUGUCUGGCAGUAUUGUGGGGACACCCAUCCAUAUGGCCCCUGAGCUCUUCACAGGGAAAUACGAUAACUCGGUGGAUGUUUAUGCAUUUGGUAUCCUGUUUUGGUACCUCUGUUCGGGCCAUGUGAAAUUACCUGAGGCCUUUGAAAGGUGUGCGAGCAAAGAUCAUCUUUGGAACAAUGUUAAAAGAGGAGUACGCCCUGAGCGCCUCCCUGUAUUUGAUGAGGAAUGCUGGCAGCUGAUGGAAGCUUGCUGGGAUGGAGACCCUUCCCAGCGUCCCCUCCUGGGCAUUGUCCAGCCUAUGCUGCAGGGGAUCAUGGACAGACUCUGCAAUUCCAGCUCGGAGCAGUCUAACAAAGGGCUGGAUGAUUCUACUUGAAGGAAUCCUGAGAGAGCUGUUUUAUUAUGGGAGGACUCUGACCCUUAUUUGCAGGUGGCUUCUUAAGAAGUAGCUCUUUCUGGGUAACAGGAGUUGGGUGGGAGAUGUCAACCAAAAGACUGCUCUCAAAGGUGAGAGACUUCUGGACAUGCCAUUUUGGGUGGUAGCCAGACAAAUUCCACUCUAGUACGCACUAUUAAUGCAAGUUACCCUGCUCUCACCCCUACUUUUUUUAUUUCAAAGAUGAGUAAAUAAAUAAAAGAUGGAGAACGUAAGCCUCUUGGACUGAAAGGGAUCUCUGCUAAUCCCCUCAAGACUGAAAAGAGAAGCAUCUCGGGCUUCAGGUAGCAGCUGAAUUGCAAGGAACUGCAGUUCUUACUUGGUGGCAGCAGAUUUAAACAAUGUCCAUCUCUUUCCUCCCCUGUAUGCUGCUAGCUGUGGUUGGCCUUUAGUCUCUCUGCCUACUUCCCUCAUCUGUGUAGUUUGGAUGUAUGGGGGGGAUAAACUACCUUGUUGGGGGAGAGGGCUUAUAAUAGAUGAGGAGGAGCGUCUCUGUAUUAGCUUCUAACACUUGGCAUGUUUACAUUUGACAGGAUCCAAGAAUCCAUAUCUACCUAAUGGGGGAGUUUCCACUGUUACACAGCAGUGAAAAUACCCCGAGUCAUAAGCUAUCUGACAAGUUUCACUCCCCUCCUUUUUCGUUUUGUUUUGCUGUUACCCCAAAACUCCUUUUUGUAAACUGAAUUCUUGCUUAUGGUAACUUUUUUGCUUAAUAGUGGUUCUUGAAGUCUCUGAAAGGGCCUGGGUUUUCUUCUACAGUCUUUUGGCAAGACAGCUGAGAUCAUUCAGAGAAAUUGCACGUGAUAUUCUAGAAACACAAAAAGGUCAUUAGUAACUAAUGACUGCUAUCCAAACCCACUGGGAAAAUACCAGUUUGUGGCUUUUAAUUAAAAUGCUUCUCUUUGCUUUGAACCAAGCGUAAAAGCAACAACAGUUUUAAAUUCUGCUAUACUAUUGAGAGACAUUUUAAAUAAGGUUUCUUCAACUUUUUAAGUCCAUUAGCUUGGUGAAAGAGUAUCCAAGGGAAAAUGGGUCUGUUGUCCUUCAGUGACUGUGCCUGGCUGGUUGUCAGUUCCUCUGUCUCUCUUCACUUUGGGAUUUGCAAUUCGGCUGUGUUAGGGGCCUCAUUCGGGGAGAGCAUGGCAUAGGACAGGCCUCCCCCCUGAAAUGGUUUCCUUCUGAAAGCACACAUGCGCACACCUUUUGCCACAAGGAUUCAUUUGCAUUUCUUGGGCAAGUUUGGUCUUUAAUUUUGAAGUAGCUAUGAGGGAGGGGGCUAAAAUGGAGAAUGCACCUUGGUAUAAUAUGUGAGGAAGCUGAUUAGUUGGUAGUUUGUCCCUGGACACAUCUGCACCCUCCCAUUGCAAGGGAUGGGAAUGCAGUAGCUUCAUUUUUAAUAGGAAAGCUAGCAUGCCUUGUGUAAAAUCAUGCAGGCAUGUGAAAUAAUUACACCUUGCUGCUGGAAUUUUACUGGGCGGUACAAAGCAAAACCUGUUGCCUGUUAAACAGCUUGAACAAAGUAAAGGGAUAGAUAAUCCUGCAGUGGUACUCAACAGCCUAGUUUAACCCUUUUUCUGUGUGCAAUAAAACUGAAAUAAUACUUUUUUUUUAAAAAAAAAAAAAGACUGUUUUUGACUUAACUACACACAGUGGGCAUUCUCUGGUCUGUGGUGGCAUAAAAGCUGGAUGGCUCCAUACAGAUUGCAGCUUCUACAGUAACUUGAACUGAAAUGAGUGGCAACUGCAAAUCACAUAUGUAAAGAGAACGGAUCUCUUUUUUUCCCUCAAAAUAGGAAUAUUGCUAGAAACUUGUGUUGCUUUGGUGCAUAUUUAUGCCACCAGUGAUUUGAUUUUUUUUUUUUUAGCAGUAUUAGUUGGAUAUCUGUUUACUGUGUGCUCAGGUGACUAAUAACCUUACUUUCAAACUGGGAGAGUUUCCAGGUCAGUCUCUUGCAACUAUAGAAAUAGUUUGUGCUUAAAAA